AUGACCACGCCAGCGGGCUCCGGCAUGGGCUUCGGCUUCGUGUCCUGGUGGGGACUGUCCCCGGCGCUGGAUCUGCAGGCUGAAAGUCCUCCUGUGGAUUCAGACUCGCAGGGAGACACAACCCACAAGACUCCGGAGCUGAAUGUCCUGCUGUUGGGCUCUGUGGAUGGGCGCCACCUGCUGCGGACCCUGGCCCGGGCAGAGCUCUGGCCUCGCCGGAGGUUCAAUUUCUAUGUGCUAGAGAAUAACCUGGAAGCUGUGGCCCGACACAUGCUGAUCUUCAGCCUAGCCCUGGAGGAACCUGAGAAAAUGGGGCUCCAAGAACGAAGCGAGACCUUCCUGGAGCUGUGGGGGAACUCGCUGCUGCGACCCCCGGUGGCCGCCUUCGUGCGCGCCCAGGCCGGCCGCCUGGCGAGCCUGGUCCCCGAGCCCGACCGCCUGGAGGAGCAGCAACCCUGGCUCAGCCUCAACUUGCUCAAGUUCCGUGAGCGGGACGCCUUGGAGGCCGUGUUCCGCUUCUGGGGUGGCAGCGAGAAGGGACCCCAGGCCUUCCCCAUGAGUCGCCUUUGGGAUUCUCGACUGCGCCACUACCUGGGCUCCCGCUACGACGCGAAGCAUGGCGUCAGCGACUGGGACCUGCGCAUGAAGCUGCAUGACCGGGGGGCCCAAACCAUCCACAUCCAGGAAUUCCGACGUUGGCGGUACACAGGUGUCGCCUUUGAACUCAGAGACUCCAGUGCUUACCAAGAGCCUAACAGGACCCUGGCGUCUGGUCGCCUCUUGACCUACCGUGGGGAGCGUGUGGCAGCGCGUGGGUACUGGGGGGAUAUUGCCACGGGACCCUUUGUGGCCUUUGGCAUCGAGGCCGAUGACCAGAGCCUCCUGCGGACCAGCAAUGGACAGCCAGUCAAGACUGCCGGCGAAAUCACGCAGCACAACGUGACCGAGCUAUUAAGAGAAGUGGCCGCAUGGGGGCGCCCAAGGGUCACUCAGGAGAAUCCGGAGGAGAGCUGGUCUCCCUUCUCUCCAGCAGCACCCACCCGGGAACCCUUCACUAUCCACUUCCUGCCCCUGGAUUCUGCGCAGACCCUCCACCACAAGUGCUGCUACCAGGGUCGGUUCCAGCUUCUCUACGUGGCCUGUGGGAUGGUCCAUCUUCUAAGCCCUGAGCUCGGGGCUUGCGUGGUCCCCGGAGGACACCUUGUUGUGGAAUUAGCCCGGUACCUGGUAGACAUACGAUCUGAGCAGCUGCAGGCCUUCUCUGCCCGUGUUGAAGAGAUGGCACGGGCAGCUGGGUUUGUCCCACACACUGGAGUCAACCCCUCGGAGACAUUCGCCCGUUUCUACAAACUAAGGAGCUCUGCUUCUGGUGGCAGGGACCCAGCUGUGGAAUCCGGAUCUGACCCUGGAGAUGUCCUGGCAGAUGUGGCCCCACCCCAAGAAGCCAUGAGCCCUCCCCAGGCAGAUGUGGCCCCGCCCCAAGAAACCAUGAGCCCUCCCAAGGCAGAUGUGGCCCCGCCCCUACAAGGCAUGAGUCCUCCCCAGGCAGAUGUGGCCCCGCCCCUAGAAGCCAUAAGCCCACCCCAGGCAGAUGUGGACCCACCCCUAGAACCCAUGAGCCCUCCCCAGGCAGAUGUGGCUCUGCCCCUAGAACGCAUGAGUCCUCCCCAGGCAGAUGUGAUCCGACCUCUAGAAGCCAUGAGCCCUUCCCAGGCAGAUGUGGCCCCGCCCCUAAAGCCCAUGAGCCCACCCCAGGCAGAUGUGGCCCUGCACCUAGAGCCCAUGAGCCCUCCCCAGGCAGAUGUGGCCCCGCCCCUACAAGGCAUGAGUCCUCCCCAGGCAGAUGUGAUCCGACCUCUAGAAGCCAUGAGCCCUCCCCAGGCAGAUGUGGCCCCGCCCCUAGAAGCCAUGAGCCCUCCCCAGGCAGAUGUGGCCCCGCCUCUAGAGCCCAUGAGCCCUCCCCAGGCCAACCGGCCCUACUUCUAGAAGACCUGGCCCCACAUUCCUGGAAUCCCAUCAGUAUCCCCAUAGGCAGGUCCCCAGAUUUGAAGUUCUGGCGCGCCAAGGAAGACUGGUCAUUCCCACAAUGAAUGUAGCUCCAAAACUGCCGUUUGACCUUGGUCUUAGGGAUCAAGCAGGCCACCUCUAGCUUUUCAUGCAGGCUCACAGAAUUCUGAGCCCACUGCUAGAAUGCUCAGUUUUGCUCUGCGUUUCUUUCUCACCCCAGAAGUGUGUAGCUUCAACUUCAAACUCAUUUGAUGGGAUUCUCAGUUCUAUCUGGAGAGUCCCAGAUUGUUCUGUGAAAAUUAUACAUUCUACGCGACACUAAACACAGGUCGGAACCUGGAUCUCAGGCCCUCUCAUUGCACCCU